AGCUUCACCCCGCUGUUGUGGAGAGCGAGAGAGAAAGAGAGAGAGAGAGGCAGAGAAUCGAAAGUGUUGGAGUGUUUUCAUCCAGCGGGAUCUGGGAAUGUGUAUUUUCACUUUUGAAAUGACUUGACGCUCUAAAACGGAUUGGUGGACGGCGGACUCGGCAGUCGUGGGGACAGUUUUGACAGUUCAUGGCCAGAGCGAAUUCGAGGCGGGAGACAGACAGAGUGUGUGCAGUGCUAAAACACAUCUCUAUUGACUUUACAUUGCUGCGAAAAUGCUCGUAACCGAUGACACCGCCAUUAUGCCCGUGGAGAGAAUGCGUAUGCGACCAUGGCUGGAGGAACAGAUAAACUCUUGUAAAAUACCAGGACUUAAAUGGGUUAAUAGGGAAAAGAAAAUUUUUCAGAUUCCAUGGAUGCAUGCUGCACGGCAUGGCUGGGAUGUGGAGAAAGAUGCCCCUCUGUUUCGAAACUGGGCCAUACACACAGGCAAAUACCAACCAGGGGUGGACAAGCCUGACCCUAAAACAUGGAAAGCAAACUUCCGUUGUGCUAUGAACUCCCUUCCUGACAUUGAGGAGGUGAAAGAUAAAAGCAACAAAAAAGGAACAAAUGCCUUUAGGGUUUACAAGAUGCUCUCAGCAUCUGAAAGACAAUCAAAGAGAGGAAAGAAGAGACCAGAUAAGGACAUAAAGGUAAAGGAGGAGCAGCAAUGCCCUGUUUCCUCUGCCUGGGAGAGUACGAAUGGCUCCACAAGGAGUGCAGGAGCACUAGCAGUCAAACAGGAAGCAGAUCACACUAUCACAGAAACAGAAGCUGGUAACCACAGCCCCUCCGAAGACCAUCUGAUCAUCCCGGACGUGUGUCAGACCAUCGAGGUGGUGACAGAGAACGAGGAGCAAGCUGUUAGCUCAAGCCACUCCUACCCCCUCCAGAUCUCUCCAAUGUCCUCAUAUGGAGAGAGCGAUACUGACAGCGUGCAGAGUGAAGAGGACUCUAAAGAGGGCAUGCGAUCACUUGUAUGGGGCUCUAAUCAAGAUGAGGCAAAUCCAAUGCUGGACAGCCCUGUGAUGCGGACAUCUUUACCCAGCAUGUCCACUUUCAUUACUCAGUCUAAGCCCAACUUCAGGAUUACAACUGUCCAGGACACUUCGUCCACACCCUUUCACGGCCCUUACAACAGCGGGGGAUCAUGGACCCUCCUAAACCCACCACACGCUCCAUCGCAGCCUCCAGCAACUUCCAACAAACCACCUGUCCACGAAAAACGGGCCAGUGUCAUCAUGAAAACAUCAGACGUAUCGAAAUCUGUCAAAAGUUGCUGAGGAGAACCACUAAUUCUUGAUCCUGACUUCUUUAAAGGCUCUACUGAACUUAAAUGUGGAUCGAAGAGCUUAAGCCACACACUGUUGCCUCUAAUUGAUGAUCUCACAGCUAGCAAAACUGAUGAUGAUGGUAAUGGCUGGCUCGCUGAAUAGCUCAUCAUAGCCAUGGGUGAGAUAAGACAUAAUUCAGAGCAAAAUGCAGAAUUCAGUGCAGGACCCAGCCUUAAAUUCAGGGAGCGGUCUAGUGUAGUGACAGACGUCAACACUGCCAUCGUGCCAUUGUUUCCAGCUUGUUUUGGAUGUAUAUGUAGAGGAGUCUAUAAUGUCUAAUCAGUGGCAUUAGCUUUAGCACCUUAUAGAAAAGCACUGAAUGAGAUUAUCUGUGGCCUUCUUUCCAUAGUACCAUGACUAUGGAGACACUUCUUUGAAAGGAUUUUUUAGUUUGUGUCUCAUGUCCACCAAAGAAAGCACUUUUAAAGAUAACCUUUUUAUAUCUCGAAAUCUGACAUAGUCCCAUAUAUUGUGUCUUGAGGGAUUUUUCUUAAAAGGUGGAUAUAUUUACAUUUUUGCUCACUAUAAUCAGUUUUGAUUUAUGGAUGUUUUUUAGUGAAUGACAAAAAUGGCACUUAUUUUAUUUAAAUUUUUUUUUUCUAAGGAAAAUUAUAUUGAUAUUUUUUUGCUUUCUACUGUAUGCGUGAACAUAAAUGUACAUAUAAACAAAUGUAAUUAUACAGUGCUGUGAAAAGGCAUUCGCCCCUGAAGUGGUUUUCUGCAUUUUUGCAUAUUUUAGUCGAUGCCAAAGUCAGAAUACAGUGCCCAAAGCAUUGUAGCAAGAAGGGGUGUGGUAUGGAUCGAAUAUUCAUUUCGAAUUCAUAAGAUAAAUGUGAAUAUACUAUACCAUUUACUACCAAGCAGCUAUUCAAAGACUCUUCUAAAUCAAGCCUUGGUGAGUCAAGGUAUUGGUAGAGUUUGAGCUCACUACUAUAUACCCCAUUGAGUACUUUCCAGUACUGUAUAUUUCAGCUCCAGACAGUGGAGAUUCAGUCAAUUCAGAGUUGCGAUAACUUUCUGCAACCUCAUAUCUCCCAAGAGUUCUUGUGAAAAACCUGCAACAUAUGCACUUGCCAAAAGUAUGCUGGGUCUCAUCAUUUUUGUACAAUUUGGCCUGUUACAUAUGC